AUGUCUAAAGCAAAAGAAGGGAGUAUUCCAAAAAUGCAUCGUUUUUAUCAUAUGGAGUAUUUUCUUCUACCAGAUGAUAUUGAUCCUCGGAAAUUAGAUUUGGUGUUAUUUGGUCCGUUGGCUAAACUAUAUCUGGAAACUGAAUCUAAGGUCGUGAAACCAUGGCUUGAAAAUAACCAAAUAUGGGUGUCAUGGAACCAUAGCAUUGAAAUUAAUGUUACUAAUGACUUUCUAAUAAAACUAAGAGAUCACAACAUAAAAUUGAGAUUAUGGGAUAUCAAAGAAAAGGUUUGUGCAAAAGCCAGGUUUAGUAAACAAAAGGCCAAUGUACCACAUUCAGAGCAAGGAGAUAUUGAUGGAGAAAGUUAUGUGGUCAGUCAACUGGGAGAGAAAUCCCCUAAGCUCUGUGAUGCAUACCUAAGCUUUUCUGUUGAUGAGCCUCUCAUGAGUGAGAAACAGAAGCGUGAGUUAAACCCACUGAUUAUUAGGAUUAAAUCUGCCAGAUGCUUACCAACCACACCUGUUCCCAUUGAAGAGCUACAGAGUUCAUGUGUUCCUGUUUACUGCAAAUACAAAUUCUGGAAUAUGCCUCCCCAUCGAACACGAGGUCGAGAUCAUGGAACUGAUGUCUUCUUUAAUGAUACCAAUGUGAUUCUCAUAGGAACAGUUAAGCCUGGAGAACUGAGUGAGUAUCUCAGAGGACCACCAUUGGAAAUUGAAGUCCAUGACCGAGACAAAAAAAUGGAAGCUAUCAAGACCAUGCCUUCCUUGUUUGGAGAGGAACCAGGAGACAACAAAAUAAGUGACGUGAACGUGGUCACUUCCACAUACAUGCUUCAGCAUCCCAUUAACAUGGAGGAAAUGUGGCAUCCCUAUGGGGUGGCUAAAGUCAGCCUGGCUGAUUUACUGCUAGGUGAGAAGGCCUUGAACUUCUCUGCACCAAUCCAUAACUGCUCAGUUCAGGAUACAACUGUCUGCCAAGGGGAGACCAUCAGUCAGAAGGCCAGGGGAGCUGGUGGCUCUCAAGUUGUGCAGCUGCCAAUGGGGCAUUAUGUAAACUCUGAGUCCUAUCUUAAAGUGAGGGUUGAAAUAACUGUGCCGUUACGGCCUGCAGAUGAAUUGGAUGACUCUGAAAUGGAACAUUGCCCCUAUGGCUACAUCAUCUAUAUUUUUGACUAUAAGAAUACAUCGCUCUGGAGUCACUUGCUGCGAGAGAUUACAGAAAUCAACGCAGAAGCGCUUAAACUUGAUUCUUACCCACUGCAUAUAAUUCAGAAAUCCCUUAAUACUUUAAAACUGAACCAGAAGCUUUCAGCAGAGGAGAUUGCUCAACUGGACGUCCUUACUGGAUUUCACAUACUGGAUGGAGCUUUUCACAUUCUUGUUUUGGAAGGAUUGAAGAACAAAGCACUUAAGAAGAUGUUCAGUACAAGAAUAGAUAGGUUGCAUGAAACUAAAAAUGGAAGACUACAAAUACUCUAUAACUCACAUCUAGCUUUUCAUCAGCGCCUGUAUGUAGACCUUGAGGCUGUCCUUUUUCAUAUCCGUCUCUGCAAGCCACUGUCUAGUCUCAUGAAGCAGCCCUUGCUGUAUGUCCGGGAUAUGAUUCCCCAGCCGUGUUUUGAAGCUCUGAGAAGGUUAGAUUGUUCGCUGGAUUACCUUUGCUGCAGUAAGAAGUUAAGGGAUGUGGUCCAUCACAACCUCUUGCCCUCUGCAGCAAUGAUCACAAUGCUAAGUCAAGAGUUUGGGGUUCCCUUGACUAAAGAUGACCUGUUCAUUCAGGAGCACGCAGACACCUUGGAGGCAUGUCAUAGCCCAACCAAGUAUUUCCCCAUGAAACGAGGCAAACGUUCCCAUUUGGAGAACUACAAUGAAGAGUACCUAGUAAGAAAAAGAAACAUGGAAAUCCAGAUGCCACAAGAUUACAUUAAGUCUAAUAUUGAAAAUAUUCACCUGCUCAGCAAGAUGGUGAAAAAGGAAGCCCCGAGAACCAUCAGGGCUUUCCCUUCUGAUGGCAAGUCUAUCUUUAACUAUAGUACUCAAACCCUGAAUUCUGCAGAAAUUGCAAAGAAGCUACUUCGUCAGGACAUGGCACAGGUGCCAGACAAGAGGUUUGCUUAUAGUGAUGAAUAUAUAUCAGGCAUGUUUGAUCCAGUGGAUGAGGACAGUGCAGCAAAAGAAUCCAUCAAGCAAACCAAGAAGUUGUGGCUGUCACCAGAAGGGUUUGUAUAUCCUGGAUUUAAGAGCAGCAUAGAAGCCAACUUGCAUCGGUGCAUGCCUGACGAGGCCCGACGGAUGGAGCUAUGUGAGAAAUGGCAGGAGAACUUUCUACAUGCCAGCAGUAUGAAGCCAGUGCUGGACCGGGACAGAUGGAAGGGGGACAAGCAUAAAAUCGAUUUUGACCUCUAUAAAAAGCCAUCACAUGUCUUCAUCACCCCUGACACAUACAGAGAAGAGCCUCAAAAAGUCAUCUGCUGCAACACUGCACUGAAAGUUCAUAGGUGCUGCCCAGCAACAGAGCUCAUUUCCAGUGGACCAAAUGCCAGUUGUCAGCUAGCACGUCUCCAAGGACUCCUGAAGGAUAAACCAGUCAAGCUGUCCCUAAAGAUGCAGAUAGUUGAAAGAGUUGACCAGAAUGAGCUUUGA